AUGCCGGCCCUAGCCAAUGAUGUCUCCAACAAUAGCUACGAGAGUCUUCUUCGUGAACAUGCCAAGAGAAAUCUAGAACGAUUAUCGCUGUUCGAACCACCACCGCCGCCGCCUCCACCGCCUCCACCGCCGUCUCCAGGUGCCCAGCCGGAGAAAACACAAUUCGAGAAACUUUCCCUGGCAGUCACCCACUCUUUGAAUGAGACUAAACCUCCAAGCCUCCGGUCUAGAAUAAGGCAUUGGGUCGCAAAGUGGCUCGCAACAUGGAUCGGAGAAAUAGGAGCGGUGCUCGGCGCCCCUCGCAUCACGGACUUCGGUUUAGCCUCGAGACUCCUGACGGAAUGGAGCCAUGACAACAUGGAAAACAUUGCCGCCGCCCAACGAGCGCAGGUCUUUGGGGGCAAAGGAGAAAUCAACUGGCAGACCUCCUUCUUGCCAUUUAUGGAGAGCAUCGGCAUGUACCUGCGAGACGUGCAAGCGCACACGGAUGCCUGGGCGAUGUACCGAACCUUCAAAGACGGAGGUCCAAUGGGGCUUGCCGAAGAGGCCAUUGAAUUGUACCUCGAUGCCCACAAGGAAAUCGACAUGCUUGCUCAAGUCUGGGGCAUGCGUUUCGUCCCGCUUUGCGACCUGUGCGACCUCGCGCCCAACGGACAAGCGCGCUGGGAUGGCCCGUAUUGUGGCAUGUUUUUGACGACUAAAAAGCAGAAAGAUAGGCCGUUCCUCGGCAUCGCAUUCAAAGGCACCAGCCCCGUGAAUAUCCAGGACUGGGCUGUGGACUUUAACUAUCAGCUCAUCCCCGCGGCUCAAGGAUAUUUCGACGGCACACAGGCCCCGGUAUCACAAGGGGUGUAUACGGGCCUCUUCGGAAACUUUCCUGGCAAAGGGGUCCCUUACAACCAGAUCCUCAGUGCGACGCGGGACGCUGCCAGCAAGUUACCAAACACCAGCGGCCGGCCGAUUCCUGCCCACGUCACAGGCCACUCCCUCGGGGGCUCUUACUCGACGCUUUGCUACACACAGCUCCUGAUCGAUGUUGCACCGUCGAACCCUGGCGCCGGGGAGAUGAUGAUGGGUGACGAGUACACCUUCGGGGCUCCGCGCAUCGGCUCUAACGAAUGGUCCAGGCUGACCAACAAGCUCGUUCAGGUGCAGCGAGGCCGGUCUUGGCGGAUAGUGAACAACCAUGACCUCGUCCCUCAGGUGCCUCCGACUACUCUCCAGCCUAAGGAGCGGGAUUUCCAUCACAUCGACACAGGUGUCCAUAUCUGGCCUUAUAAGGAACCCGCACAGCUUCCAAGUGAAGUGGACCAGCCAAACCCUAAGCCCUACCCCAUCUACAGCAUUCUGUACCUGAUUCCAAGUCUGAUAAUGGUGUUAGACCAUCUCCCUAACAGGUAUUACGAUUCUCUUCAAUUCGCUAUUGUCAACAGCCGCAAGGUCUUGAAUACCCGUCCCCUCAAGGGUGGCCUCAACCAGGUGCCGUAUUAUAUCAAUAUGAUCAGGGUGCUGUACUACACUGUUCUAUCCUACAUUCACAAUGUAGUAUUCGCGAUUGCGUCAGUAUUCUAG